UAGGAUACCUGAGUUAAAAGUUUUAAUGAAUUGGUUGAAAUCCUGCAAAUUUCUUCAUAGCUUCUAGGGGUUUUUUUCUUCUUUGUUUGCUCUCAUGGAUCGGAGUAAAAAGCGAGGGGGCCGUGAUGAUUCUUCUGCGAAACCAGAGUAUAACAAGAAGCACCAAUCCUUGUCGACUCGAGACACUCGGAGUGAAGCUCAUGAGCAGCAGCAACAGAGUAAGCGUCCGACUUUCACAUCGUAUCUCGAUAACCCCAAUUUGUCCCCCAAAGUGAAAAUACUCUGUGAAAUCAUUGCCAGUUCACCUUCCCUUGCCGUCGAGAAGAUCCUCGGAGAUACUGGAAUUAAAGUUACCACCGAAGAUGUCGAAGAGGUUCUGAAGCAUUCGUAUAGUUUUCCUGCCCAGGCAGUGAAGUUCUUCCGCUGGACCGGUUUACAGCUGAACGACAAGCAUAGCCCCUACUCGUGGAACUUGGUCGUCGACUUAUUAGGGAAGAGUUGUUUAUUCGAGGCAAUGUGGGAUGCCAUAAAGUCAAUGAAGGCGGAAGCUUUGCUGUCCCUGGCGACGUUCGCCUCCGUUUUCAGCAGUUAUGUGGUUGCCGACCGUGUUGAUGAGGCCAUCAUGACGUUCGAGGUUAUGGACCAGUAUGGAAUUCCCCGGGACGUUAUCGCAUUGAAUUCGCUGCUCAGCGCGAUUUGCAGAGAUGGGAAGACAGCUAGGGCGAAGCAGUUUUUGGACAUUGCCAAGGGUAAGAUCCGACCAGAUGCGGAUACUUAUGCAAUUUUACUUGAAGGUUGUGAGAAUGAAGGCAAUGUUGCUUGUGCUCGGCUGACUUUUGGGGAGAUGGUGGUUGAUAUUGGUUGGGACCCCCGGAAUGUCCCGGCCUAUGACUCGUUCUUGAAUACAUUGCUCAAGAAUCAUGACGGUAUGCAUGAAGCUAUGAAGUUCUUUGACGCCAUGAUAGAGAAAAGGUGUUUCCCUGGGGUGAGAUUCUUCAAGGCAGCAAUGGAGGAGUUUGUCAAGACCAGCAAUAUUCGUAGUGCUUCUUCCCUCUGGGAUGCAAUGGUGGGGAGGAGUGGCUUCAGACCUGAUACCCAGAUGUACCAUAGUAUGAUUACCCUGUAUUGCCAUAGCAACAACUAUGACAUUGCUCAGCGAUUCUUGGACGAAAUGGUCUUCAAUGGAGUGUUCCCUGAUUCAAAUACCUAUAAUCUCUUGUUUCAAUUCUUAAUAAAGAGUAGGAAGCUAAGGGAGGCUUCAGCUAUAUUCAAUGAGAUGGUUAAAAAUGAGUGUAUUCCCAGUGAGAGCAAUUGCACCUCGGCCAUUAAGAUUUUCUUGGAUAUAGGUGAUCCUCAAAUGGCAAUCAAGGUUUGGAAGUGCAUGAUUGAGAAUGGAAUGUCUGGUUUGGAGGAGACUGGAAACUUCUUGAUUGGGGGUCUCCGUGACCUUGAUAGGCUUCCAGAAGCAUGCAAAUAUGCAGAGGAUAUGAUCGAAAGAAGGAUCAAGUUGACCUCUUCUACAUUGUCAAAGCUGAAACAAAGUCUUUCCAAAUCAGGGAAGUCAUAUCAGUAUGAAGAACUUCUAAGGAAGUGGAAGUCACAUUAAAUAGGUGCGAAUCAUCUGCAAUUUUGUAAUUUAAAGAGAAGCUCUUCUUUUGCUAUUACCCUUUGACUGUUCCCUUCCAUGCAAUUUAGCAUUUACUCUGGAAAAUGUGUUGUAUCUAUAUUAUUGAAUGGUCAUCAGAGAUGCCUUGUUAU